UCGGCGGACGUUGACGGGACUCUCUCUAUCUCGUGAACACAGACGUCGCUUCUAAAUGCUCGCGCAGCUGUGAUCCAGCAGACACGAUGAUGAUCUCCCCGUGGGACCGCUGGUACUCCACGAGCUGCUGUCUGUGCUGCCAUGUCCGCACAGGAACCAUCAUCCUGGGGGUCUGGUACAUGCUCAUCAAUGCAGUGGUGUUACUCAUCCUACUCACAGCGCUCAGUGAUCCUGAGCAGUACCACCUGACCAGCGCUGAGUUGGCUAAUGACCUGGAUGUCAUGGAUGAUGCCAACAUGUGCAUUGCCUCGGCGAUCUCUCUGCUGAUGAUACUUAUAUGUGGGAUGGCGACGUAUGGUGCGUACAAGCUGCGAGCCGCCUGGAUCAUCCCAUUUUUCUGCUACCAAAUAUUUGACUUCGCUCUCAACACCCUGGUCGCCGUCAGCAUUGUGGUUUACCCAAACACGAUACAGGAUUACCUGCAGCAGCUGCCUGACAACUUCCCCUACAAAGAGGAGAUCGAUGCUCUCAACAACGUGUGCUUGGUCCUCAUCGUGCUGCUCUUCAUCGGCUGUAUUCUCGGCUUCAAGGCCUACCUGAUUGCAUGUGUGUGGAACUGCUACAGAUAUGUGACCGGCCGGGGUUCUUCUGAAAUCCUGCUCUACGUCACGACCAAUGACACCACGGUGCUGCUACCUCCGUAUGAUGACAGCGUCAGCAUCCCUCCCAAGCAGGCUCCUCCACCUUACACCACCGCCACAGCAUGAACACGUUCCCAGCAUCCUGCUGACUGGACCCUGCUGUUAAUGACACCCCAGCAGAAUUUAUGCACCACACUGCCUCUCCAGUGUACAGUAUAUUCAUGGAUAUAUAGUUGCUACACACACAUUACAGUACAGCCAUGCAUGCACUGACACAGAAUCAUCUGACACAUGUAUGCACAAACCUCGACCACCACCGUGACCUCUCACCCCCUCCUGUUAUUUAUUUCUAUUAGUGCUGCUGUAACUCUUCCAUGUGUUCAAUCUGUUAGAAGAAUUCCAGAAAUGAUGUGCAUUUUUAUGCAUUUGAACCUGGGUGUAAUAAGGCACAAGAACAUUUAAUAGAUGACUCUAUAUAUUUUUAUUAUUCUACUUAUACUUUGUGCGUACCUGUAAUAGUAUUGUACGUGUCCUACCUUUGAUAUGAUUAUGAUUAUGACUUAUUUAACUUCUGCACAGAUGCAAAGAUGACCAUCUGUUUCCUGUUUGUCUCGUCUCUGCUCGUGAUCAGGGUUGGAUUGCCUUUAUUCAUAACUUUCUCUCUGAUGGGGUGCCCUUUAUAGAUCCAUGUGUGAAGUGUCGCCUUGACUGGAAGUUUUCCCAAAGAAAUGCAUCUGCCUGUAUUCUGCCAUGAUCACAGAGCAACCUGGCGUAUAUUGAACAUAUCACCCUCUGUUACUGUGUUACAGACCUGUCUUGUGUUAUGAACAUCAGGAGUGUUGAGUUGUGCCGUUUGACGUUCAGAACUUUUAAAUGUUAGUGUGUGUUUCUACUGAUUGACGAGAAAUGUCUUGGGCUGCUAUUUAUCUAUUUUGACAGCACAGAAGUAGCACUGAUCUGGAAUCAGUUUGCUCUUUGUGAAUGAGUUGCUCUAGGAAACCUGGUGAAAUUACUCUACGUUCAGGAUCUCAAUAAAAAUGGACCCCGGUUGUGUUUUUUCAAUUAGGCCAGUGGGAGAUUCUGGUCUGUGUAAACACACAAGUCUGUUCCACCAGAUGCAGCUAUUGGCAAGCUGCUCCCUGGACACAAAAUGUCCUGCAAGGACAUAAUAUUCAACCCCAAGGACUGCUGCUGUA